ACUCUUUACUCUUUUUUAUAUCGAUCAACUGACCUUAAAAAACCUGAUGGGCACAAUUGGUAUUCCUUUAAAGCUUCUGCACGAAUCAACAGGCCAUAUUAUUACUUGUGAGCUAGAUGAUGGCACAGUUUAUCGUGGAAAGUUAACAGAAGCUGAGGAUAAUAUGAAUAUCCAGCUAAGAGAUAUAACGGUUACAGCAAGAGAUGGACGGGUUUCACAUAUGGAUUAUAUAUAUAUCCGUGGAUCUCAUGUAAGGUUUUUUGUAGUACCAGAUAUGUUAAGAAAUGCACCGAUGUUUCGGUCAAGAGCGGUACGUGGACGAGGGAUUGGUUUAGCACGAGGUAGAGCAACAGUAGCACGUGCAAGGGGGCAACAAAGGAGAUAAAAAAUGUAUGAUAUGUAAAAAGGAUUUUAUUUUUAUUUAAAAAAAG